UAUUUUAACCAGUAGAUGUCGUCAUUUAUCCAGACACGAUCAUCAGGUAUGGAUGCAGGGGAUGCAGGCCACCAGGUUUCAUCUGUACCAUGUGCACAGACACUAAUAGGCAACGGUUUCUCAGGACAUCCAGCUAUGACUAUUGGUCGGCAUCCCAUUGGUCAGAUAAUUCAGGUUGAGCAACCAAUGUCUUUUAUGCAGGCACCCUCAGUAGUAUGCAAAGAUGAAAAAUGUGCCUGUCUGGCUGAGUCUCCUAUUGAAAAAAAGCUGCCCAGCAGAUGCACCAUGUCAAAUCUGAAUGGCCUUCCAAAUGAUCGACCUUCACAUUCAUCAGAACAAAAUUGUGAUGCUCUCUAUGCAUCAGGAGAUGGUCUCUAUACCACCACUGCAGGCUCCUUCAUGUCUUAUAACCGGAGGGGAAGCGUCCAGUUGAUUCCUUGCCAGCAGACAUAUCAGACAAUCUCAUUGAGUAACAGAGGAAAUCACUGUCCUGGUACUCCCAUGAUGCAGUAUGCCACCCACUCCAGUGAUGGUAUCCUGCCUGACGAUAAAAUACGGGUGCAAGCAUCCACUGGAGAUAUGUCGGCGUAUCAGAUUCGUUCUCCUACCUCUGGCCUUUCCCAGGAAAUAGUCAGCUCACCUGACUCUGUGCCCAGCCCUCAGCAGCUGUCCGAGGAGGCAUCACGCAAGAGGGAACUCCGUCUGAUGAAAAACAGGGAAGCUGCCCGGGAAUGCCGCCGGAAGAAGAAAGAAUAUGUUAAAUGUCUCGAAAACCGAGUCGCCGUACUUGAAAAACAAAACAAGACACUCAUUGAAGAACUCAAGGCCCUGAAAGACCUGUACAGUCACAAAACCGAGUAGCAACAAACCUUUACAAGUCACACGCCAAAGACUCUGAUGUGUACAGAUUUGACACAAACACGUUUAUCACGCAGCGUCUAGCCACCGCUCGUAACAGUCGUCUAAUGACAGCUGCAUGGCCGCGUCGUCCUGCAUGUUGAAGAUGUGUGUGUAUGCUGGUGGCCACAGAGCGCUCCUAAGCCAUUGAAUGUGGUGUGUUGCUUGUGUCGCUUGUGCUUUUUGCAGGGUGGCAGCCAAAGAGUGCAGGCAAAGGAAGAAGGAGUACGUGCGGGACUUAGAAACUCGUCUCACUGUGAUGGAGAACCAGAACAAGAAGCUUACAAAAGAGCUGGAACAUAUAAAGACACUGUACAGUGGAACAUCCGGUU